UUGGCCACCUUGUAUAUAUUACCCGGUCACUGACAUCUGAGAAAAUAAGAUGGGUAGCAAUAGAAACUUCUUGCCAUUUGGGUAGGGGAUCUUGGUUUUGGAAUGAAGUGGUGUUUGUUACAAAUAGCUAAUAACUUCAUUCAUGAUAAUAUGGCCAGGCAUCAUAUGGACAUUGCAGCAGUCAAAUUGCUAGAGCUGCCGCAGGAUAUGCUGAUAGAUAUAUUUGGUCUACUGGAGAUCCCUGACCUCGUGCGCGUAGGCUCUGUCUGCGCCUCUUGGAACUCUGCAUAUACCAGCGUCCGUAGCAUUGGGCAGUACAAAUGGCUCCAGACACUGUGCCUCAUCUACACCUCUGAAUCUGCUUGUGAGAAUGUUGCUUGCGUCUACAGCCUCGCAGAAUAGAGGACCUACAAAUUAACUCCCCCGGAGCCGUCGAUCCACAGAAGGUAUCUGAUUGGGUCCUCGAAUGGGUGGCUGAUUACUGUUGAUGAGCAAUCUGAGAUGCACCUUGUUAAUCCAAUCACUAGUGAACAGAUAGCUCUCCCGUCGGUGAUCACCAUUGAGCAGGUGGCACCUAUUUUUGACGAUACAGGUGCAGUUUGUAAGUAUCAUUUGAGGAUGAACAUUGCACAAUCGGUUACUAGAUCGCCCUUAGCACUUGAUCUUGAUGAGUUGCGGUACUACCCCCAUCGUAAGGCAUUUAUAUUUUAUGAUACAUCUGCAGGAAGCUAUAUCGUGGUGCUCAUCCACAAUCCAUUUGGGCAGCUUUCAUUUGCUAGGUUAGGGGAUGAGAAGUGGACCUGGCUGCCAAGUCAUACACAUUUUCAGGACUGCAUCUACAAGGAUGGUCUAUUAUAUGCAGUGACUUCAUUCGGCGAAACUAUCACCUUCAAUCUCAGUGGGACUAUGGUCACGGCAAAGAUACUUAUAGACAGGGUAAAUUAUUAUUAUGGGCCUGAUAGGCUUUACAUUGUUCAGGCUUCAUGGGGUGAUCUGCUGCAAGUUUGGAGACCAAAAUUUUGGAUAAAAGAAGAGUUGGAUGGGCAUGGGCACGGGGCAACAUUUGAGAACAAAGCUGGGACGAUGUAAAUAUAUAAAGUUUGUGUUGCAGCCAAGAAACUAGUGAAGUUAAAUAGCUUGGAUGGCCAUACGUUGUUUCUCGGGAAAUCAAAUCAUGUUUACUUCACAGAUGACGUUGAGGGCAUGGCUUUGAGCUGCAAGCGCGGCUGCCGCCUCAAUAUUGGAGUCCUUAACUAUGGAAACAAGAGCAUGGAGGAAAUUGUAUUCCCUCGGCCCUCGUCUAAAUGCCCGGCUCCGUUGCUGAUCACACCAAAUAUCAGGAAGAUGGAUUCGGCAUUGUACGGUCAGAUACACCAUCCCUUAUAGUA